AUGGCAUUCCGUUCCCUCGCUGCGCUCUUUAUCGCAGCCACAGCUGUGGCAAGUACAGCCGCAAUCGCUGUGGAGCGAGCUUCAUCUGCUACACCUACUAAGUUCUGUGGUGCUCCGAAUGACUACGAGGUCCUCUCAGGUACACCUUGGAUUGUGUAUUCGAUGAACUACAAUUACCAGGAUAUUUCUGGGUCAUGUUGUACGGGGUAUUAUGAUUUCACUGGGUCCGGCAACGACCAGACAAUCCACUGGUCCAGCAUCUGGGACAUUGACGAAGCUGUUUCGACGAACGUUGUCAAGGGUUAUUCCUUCAUCGGAUUAACACAGAACCUUGAAACUCAGCUUAGUGCUAUAGCGUCCAUCCCAAGCACCUAUGAAUGGACCAUUAGCAACACGACCGCAUAUAAAGGGAAUGUUGUAUACGAUUUCAUGACGUCCGACACUAAAGGAGACUCAACCUCAAGCAACGCUCAAGAACUCAUGCUGUGGCUUCAAUAUGAAGGCGGGCAGGUCCCAAUCGGGUGGGCUGAGGGCGCCGUCGCAACGAUCAGUCUUUUUGGAAAGGACGGGUGGAAACUCUAUCAAGGAAAGAAUACAGACACAGGAAUUACUGUCUCGUCUUUGCUCGUACCGGAGGAUAAUAUGUAUCAGGGCAACUUCACUGGCGACAUCAAGGACUGGUUGCUGGCGAUGUCUGAGCAAGGUAUCUUUGGCACCGAUACUUAUGUCAACGUUGGAAAUGCGGGUAUGGAACCAUACUGGGGCUCGGUAACUUUCGACAACCAUCUCAGCCUGAGAAUAAAUCUUUGA